AUGGCGUUGCUGGUCGGAUACAGCAGCGACGAGGACGAUGAAGAGAAUAACGAGGUUGAGGCCGUCAAGGCCGAGCCCGCCAACGCUUCCUCCAAGCCCACAGAACCAGAACCAACCCCUUCAUCCUCAUUACCACCUCAACCACAAGCCCCAGCCCCCGAGGAACCGCCCAUCGGUCCUAUCCAGCAACACUCCGUGCCCCUAGGCCCCUCCCUCCCCGACGCAGACGCGCCGUCGUACUUCCCAGAGCCCUCCCACCCUCCCUCUUCGCCCUCGGCGCCGCAGCACGCCGCCACAGCCCGACCAGUCUCCCCGUACACCGCCUCGGGCGCCCUGCUCCGCGACCUCACGCUGCCGCCGACGCCGAACCUCGACAUACCGCCCUCGCCGCCAGGCUCCCCGCCCCCCGCCCUGACGGCCAAGACGCAGCAGUUCCUCGACCUCAAGAGCAAGGGCGUCCACUUCAACGCCAAGCUCACAGCCUCGGCCGCGCUACGCAACCCGGCCCUCAUGGACAAGCUGCUCGGCUUUGUCGGGCUCGGGCACGACGACGACCCGCGCGCCCAGUACGCCACGACGCUGUCGGCCGGCGCGUGGGAUCCUGCGGGGGCCGCUGCCGACGGCGACGGCGAUGGCGGCCAAGGCCGUGGGUUUCCCGACUGGGCUUUCCGGGGCCCGCUGCGGUUGAGUCAGGAGAGGGUGAGGAAGGAGAGGGAGGCGGAGAGGAGCGCGGGGAAGCGGACGGGGGUCGAUUUCGUCGCAGCGAGCAGUGGUGGGGGCACGCCGGGGAGCGGGAGUGAGGCGGGGGGGUUGAGGGGUAGCAAGAGGAAAGCCGGGGCAUGGUAA